UUUAAAGUCGUCGCGAUGUGGCCGAUCUACACUGUGUUCCUGGGCCUCUCAGUUCUCUUUAUACUGCCCCAGGAUGUAAUAGGAACUUGUUCAAUAAGUACAGAACCCAACGCUCCGAUCGUUGUUACGCGAUUCGGGUCCAAAUUAAUAUUGUCCGAUUCUGGUGGAUCGUAUACACGGGAAGAGGGCGAAACUAUUGAAUUGUUCUGCGGCAGUGGAUUUUCGCGACGAAGCAGGAACCACUACGGCUCGCAAAUGAACUUAAUUUCCGGUGUUAAGCUUACAAUGUACUGCGGUUCCAAUGGUUAUUUUCAAGAUGAAAGGACUGGCGAAGCCAUCAUGAACAUAAAGUGUCAGAAAGGCGUGUUGCAGAUGUUCGAGAGUAGGACGAGUUUACAAAACUGUAAGACUGAUAUGACACUCGUUUUGGGUCAAGAAUUCAAUGAGACAGGUUCAAUAAAAAGUGCGGCCUUGUGCUAUGAUAUUGUAGCCUCCCAGUUGAAGUACAUCGGCUACACUACAUUUCCAACAAAGAACCGAAUACUGGCCAAGACCCAAUUGGGCCAGCUGAAUGACAUCGGAUUCGACAUUAAUGCUAGCUACCAAAAAGAUCUCAUAAAAGCCGUUAGCCAGGCGGAGAUCGACGCCUACAUGACGAAGGAUAAGCAGCUGACGCAGUUGUUCGUGGGUGAAACCUUCCAGACGGCCAGUCUGGUUCAGGACGAGGCUAUUGGAAGGCAGUUGGCCGGCUACGAGGACAUGAUGUCCACCAUCUGGAUGCGAACGCUGCGCUCGGGCAACUGGAAGAACUGGGUUGCGGCGAUGCGCGAUGCCACCGCAUCCGGUGCCCAUUUCGACGUCCGGCUGGGCGUCUCCGGAGUUCUGGAGCUGCCGAUGGCCGUGGGACGACCCUGCAACGCCAGCCGCUCGCUGAGGAUCGAACUGGCCGACGACAGCUCCUACCCGAUUCCCGCCCACAUUUGGGCCCAUGUCCACGCCCUGGAGAAGACGGGCGGCGUCCAGGACGAGUUCGUCAUCAUUGGCCACAACUCGCCCUUUUUCCGCGGCGACAACUUGAGCGACUUUUGCCCCUCGAUGUGCGACCAGGUGUCCUGGCUGAGGAACAGCCUGUUCGCCGGCCUCCACGAGUUCCCCGCCUACGGACUGGUGCAGUGCUGCCGGGUCGAGGAUGUGGCCAGCAAGCUGGACAACUUCCCGGGUGCCUUUGCGAAGGCAAGUGCGACUGCCACCGGGAACACCGCGAAGGUGAAGCUCCUGGACUUGUUCAUUCCUUCCAGCGGUCCUUCCAUCGAUCCUUCCAGCGAGCCUUCUAGCGAUCCUUCCAUCGAUCCUUCCAGCGAUCCUUCCAGCGAUCCUGAUUAUAAAAUAUAUGAUUAGCUUUAUAAAAAAGUUCCAACAAAACAUUUGCUGAAACAAUUUCGCACUUGAAACAGCGUAAUUUCCUUUUGACUAUAAACAUUUUUAUACUCAAGAGUAAA